CAAGCCCCCCAGGUGGUCAAGGAUUGAAACAGGUCAUUUCAUGCCUUGAGCAGGUUUGUGUGUUUUUAUUGAGGGUGCAACAAUAGCUAGAUCCUGGUGUCGCAUCUGCGUUGGCUUUUGGUCUCAGCCGCUGGCUUCUCGGUGGCCCUCCAAUAAUGAAACGCCUUGUCACCGGCCUGCUGAGGGACCCUCGUGGUUCCUGGUGCUGCUUUUGGUUUACUGACACUCACUCCCGCUUUUGCACAAUCCAACGCAGCUGGCUUCCCCCUCUUCCCUCCUUUGGGGAAACAUGGCUCAAUUUAACAUGGUUCGCUUGCCAUUUUUUUCUCGAAACCUGAUUAACUCAUUUUCAUUGUUCCUGAAAACCCACCCCCCGCAUCCAUCUUUCUGAACUCGCGAGCAAGGUUUCUUCUUCCAUUUCAGCUCAACACUCAAAAACGAAGGUGCCUCCUCGUGUAAUAAAUCCUUGGUUUCUUUCACAGCAACUUUAGUUCAUUGGCUACAACUGCUGCUCUACCUUGAAUAACCAAGAAAAACAUCAACCGCAAACAUGCCUGGAAUUCCCCUUCACGCUUUUGACAAUCUCAAGGCCAAGCUUAAGGCUGCCUUCAACGAAAGGAAGAAGAAGUCAAGCAGCGAAAAGCCUGCAGAUCCAGCUGCCACAACCACUACAGCUGCCACACCAGCCAAGACCGAUGCUGCACCGGCCGCGGCUCCUGCUGCUGCAGCUGCACCCGCAGCAUCGGCACCCGCAGCCGCCGCGCCCGAUGCGGCCAAGAAAGACGACGCCGCAGCGACUCCGGCCGCCGCAGAGCCGGCACCGGCUGCCUCCGAGCCAGCCAAGCCUGCCGCGCCCGCCGUGACCGAGCCCGCAUCUACCGAAGCCGCACCAGCUCCCGCCGCGAGCACCACGGUGGCAGCUGCGGAAGCCCCCGCCGCGCCGGCGCCGACCCCGGCCCCGGCCGAGCCUGCUGCCGCCGUCGAUGCUGCUCCUCCUGCGUCUGCCACUGAGACUGCCAAGGCCGAGGAGAAGAAGCCCGAGGCGACUGAUGCAGCACCUGCUGCUGCACCGGCUGCCCCUGCCGCGGCUGCCGCGCCCGCUGCGCCAACGGCAUGA